AGUUUCGUAAUGAAUUGGCAAAAAUUGUCACACCAGGUGAUCCAAGAGCUGAUCUACGUGAAAUAUGUCGUAUUGGUAAAGGUAGUACUGGUGUAGUUUGUUUAAUGCAUCAUUCACCAACUAAACAAUAUGUAGCUGUGAAAAAAAUGAAUAUAUUCAAACAACAAAGACGUGAAUUACUUUUUAAUGAAGUAAUCAUUAUGCGAACUUAUCCUCAUCCAAAUAUUGUUGAAAUGUUUGGAUCUUAUUUAAUCGGUAAUGAAUUAUGGGUAGCUAUGGAAUAUUUAGAAGGUGGUGCAUUAACCAAUAUUGUUACACGUACAUUAAUGUCAGAGAAACAAAUAGCCACUGUCUGCCGUGAUGUUCUUCGUGCAUUGGCAUUUCUUCAUGAUCAUGGUAUUAUUCACAGAGAUAUCAAGUCGGAUUCUAUUUUAUUAUCAAUCAAUGGACGUGUAAAACUUUCUGAUUUUGGAUUUUGUGCAAGAGUUUCUCCUGAUCAUCCACGAAGGCGUAGUCUUGUAGGUACACCAUAUUGGAUGUCACCUGAAGUGAUCAGUCGUUUACCUUAUAACACCUCAGUUGAUGUAUGGUCAAUGGGUGUUUUACUCAUAGAAAUGGUUGACGGUGAACCAACAUUUUUCAAUGAACCUCCAUUGCGUGUUAUGCGUCAUAUUCAAAGAGAUGCUAUUCCUCAUUUAAUGUAUCCUCACAAGUCAUCCAGAAAGUUGAAUUCAUUUCUUGGACUCAUGUUAGUUCGUGAUCCAUUCAGACGAGCAACAGCUGCCCAAUUGUUAUUACAUCCAUUUUUAUUAUUAGCCGGUUCUACUGAUUGCCUUCUACCAUUACUGUAUCAGUCGAAUAUUGUCUCAUGAAACGAUCCAUGAUCCAUGAAGUGAUCCAGUAUUCGGCAAUAAUACAAUUCCCUGAACAAACUGAUGAUAAUCCAACAUCCACAUUCACAUGAAAUAUGGAAGAAACCAUAAUCAUUACAUAAAAAUUUACAAUACAGAGCAUCAAAUUAUUGCUCAUUCUAGGGAAAUUAAAUUUCUUAGCUCAAAGAAAAAACCAAUUGUAAUCUUUGCACACUGUCUGUAAAAAAUUACUACCAC